CGAGCUCUCACGCCAAUGGCCCUUCAAAUUGUGUCACAUGCGCUUCAACACUCCACGAGACCUCUCCAGAAAUCCCCCCCUUUUCCCUCCCUCCAACGCGCCUCCUUCGUCGUCGUCGUCGUCGUCUUCUUCUUCGUCCGCUUCCGAAUCGUCGCCGCCGCCGCCGCCACCGCUAGCCGCUGCAUGUCGAUCUCGUCGGAGCACUCGGAUUCCGGCUGCUCCUUCGCCGGCAGGAGCCCGGCGAGGCCGCUGGAGAAGUCCAGCUUCUCCCACACCUGCAGCCUGCUGAGCCAGUACCUGAAGGAGAAGGGCUCCUUCGGCGACCUCAGCCUCGGCAUGUCGCCCCCCGCCGCCGACGCAACCGGUGCGCCUGGGAUGUCUCGUCGCGCGGCGACCACCAUGAAUUUGUUCCCGAUUUGUGAAGGCGGCGACGCCGAAUCUCGGAAUGUUAAGUUCAUGGAUUUGUUCCCUCAGCAAGCUGGGUUUGGUUCCACCAAGGAAGACGUCUCUAAGACGAACAAUUCCUGUUCGAACAAGAAGGAACCUGAAACUGCACAGAUGACUAUUUUUUAUGCUGGGCAAGUGAUUGUGCUAAAUGAUUUUCCGGCGGAUAAGGCAAAGGAAGUCAUGCUCGCAGCUAGCAAGGCAAGUUCUGUGAGCCAACAUGUGGCCGCGGCGCCCAACUUGGCAAAGUCGAAGCCUGCUUUUGCUCCUAACUAUGCCAAAAAUCCAGUUGAAUCUGGGGGUGUAGUUUCUUCGAGUCCCAUUCCUGUUCCUGCUCUGGGUGCAAAUGCGAUCCAAGAGCACAUCCGUCGCCCCACUGAGCCUCUUGCUUGUAAUUUACCAAUUGCUAGGAGGGCUUCUCUGCACCGGUUCUUGGAGAAAAGAAAAGACAGGCUAACAGCAAGAGCACCUUACAUAACGGCCAGCUCGGGGUCAGCGGCAGCUCCUCCUCCUAAGCCAGCGGAAACCAACCCGUGGCUCGGCUUAGCUGCUCAGCCCACGCGGUAGUCGCCACGGACAGAAGAGAUAGAUUAAUAUACAUAAUUUCUCUUUCGGGAUUCUUCUUUUAUAGAUCUAGAUAUAGAUCGAAAGAUUAGCAAAGCCGCCCCGCGGGGCGCGCUCCUCAUCUCUUCUGCAAACUACAAUCUUUCGCUCCGGGGCUCGGCCGUAUGUAGCGAGCCUGUCACUAUAGACCUAACUCUUGCUACUAUUUUUUUUCUUGCACUAUCAGGACUCCUCCUCCCGUUUGAUCCCUUCGGAUGUAAUCUUUUUCCCUAUUCAUGAAUCGAAAUUAUUGGAAGAACCCCUGGUCUGGUCCCUCUCCCUCUC